UCAAGACCAAAUUAAAGGCAGAGCGCUUCCAGAAGACAUCGAUGGAGGACAAGAAUCCAUCAGGAUACAAGAUCAUGGAGAUGGUUCCAUUUCCUCAGAAAUUGACACUGAGAAGGAUGAAAAGGCCGAUGAUGGAAACAUUGACAAACCUUUUAGCUUCCCUGAGUUUGCUGAACAAUUUGUUCACCGUGGCUUUCUUCAGAAAGACAUGAAAAAUUCAGAAAUAGGAUCUUUAAGCUCACUGGAUAGGAAGAACUGUUUCACUGAGAAGAAAAAUGUGGAAUCGCCAAAGAAAGUCCAGACAGGAGUGAAGUUUAGCUGUGAAGACUGUGGUAAAACCUUUAUUGGAAAAGGACCUUUAAACAAACACAUGAGAAUCCACACUGGACAGAAACCCUUCUGUUGUGAUGUAUGUGGACACAGAUUUACUGAAAAAGGACAUUUAAACAGACACAUGAGAAUCCACACUGGUCAGAAACCUUUCUGUUGUGAUCUAUGUGGAAAAAGAUUUACCCAAAAAGUAUAUUUAAACAGACACAUGAGAAUCCACACUGGUCAGAAACUGUUUUGUUGUGAUCUAUGUGGAAAAAGAUUUAACCAAAAAGGAAGUUUAAACAAACACAUGAGAAUCCACACUGGACAGAAACCUUUCUCUUGUGAUCUAUGUGGACAAAGAUUUAGCCUAAAAGGAGGUUUAAACACACACAUGAGCAUCCACACUGGACAGAAACCUUUCUGUUGUGAUCUAUGUGGACACAGAUUUACUGAAAAAGGACAUUUAAACAAACACAUGAGAAUCCACACUGGACAGAAACCUUUCUGUUGUGAUCUAUGUGGAAAAAGAUUUAGCCAAAGAGGAAGUUUAAACACACACAUGAGAAUCCACACUGGACAGAAACCUUUCUGUUGUGAUCUAUGUGGACAAAGAUUUAGCCAAAAAGGAAGUUUAUUGAAACACAUGAGAGUCCACACUGGACAGAAACCUUUCUGUUGUGAUCUAUGUGGACAAAGAUUUAGCCAAAAAGGACAUUUAAACACACACAUGAGCAUCCACACUGGACAAAAACCUUUCUGUUGUGAUCUAUGUGGACAUAGAUUUACUGAAAAAGGAGGUUUAAACAAACACAUGAGAAUCCACACUGGUCAGAAACCUUUCUGUUGUGAUCUAUGUGGACGAAGAUUUAACCAAAAAGGACAUUUAAACAAACACAUGAGAAUCCACACUAGAGAGGAAAAUGACUAAGGUUUGAAGGCUCAAACAGAUCACGGUCGCUGUAAAAUUUGUGAUGUGAAGUGCAAGGCCAGUGGACAAUUUGCACAAUUUUGGUCAGCCUCAGAUAUUUGGCUACAACUCCUGCAUUCAGCACCGUUAACACGCCUGCUAAUGGAUGCAAUUUAUGCGUUAAAUUUGUGCCUCAUUAAGAAACUAAAACGCCGUAGUUAAUUGUUUUCAUAUUGAAGAAAUGUUUGAAAUAUCUGAGAUGUUACAAUACAAACGGCUGGAUGUUGUUUUGAUAUAUUCAAUAAAGUUUAUAUAUAUCACACUA